UUCUCAGGAAUUCUGCAUAUUGAAGCAGGUGCCUUCUGGCACGAAAUCCUUGGAUACGUUUGCUCUGCCAAGUUUUGCUGCUCCAGCCCCCUCCCUCCUCCAGAGGCUUCUGGGGGUGCUUUUCUUCUGGAUUGGCAUGCAAAGAAACCUAUCUAUGUUUAUGUAUCGGUCGGAUAGCUUAUGAUACAUAUACGUGCGUUCCAAAGCCUGGUUUUCAUCUUCUUCCCGACACAGCGAAAUGUUCCGGAGCUGAUGAACACAGAGACCAUUAUUCACAUUCUUUUGAUCCUGGUUUUGAACAAGGGGAGGGAGAGUGACGAACUGUUUAAUAUUCGGCCAUCAGUAGGCUGUGCAGAAGUGUUUCUGAUUGCAGAGCAGGUACAACCGGGGCUUAGAGAGAAGAAAUGACAAAAAGACUGUACUGCCCUGGGAAUGAGGUUCCUGCAUGCGUAAGAGAGAAAGGUGCUGCACACAUUUAGGGAUAUAGACCCACAGCUAACUGGAUCUAAUUUAUAUGAGGAAAAUCUACAUCAAUGGCCACUCUCACCACACUGCUACUAUGGGAAACAGAAUGGUCAAUCGGAGAUGCUCUGAUGAAUAGUGAUGAUUGAAGAUGCUGCAUCCAUCUGCAUGAAAUCAAUGAGAGCUUCUUGCUGCAGGAAGAGUGCUUUGAGCUUUCCUUAACAAGCUCAUAUUUGAGAAACUGGAGCUGCAUUCCAUCAUUGUUCCAUUUUUUUCCCAGUGGAUACAAAUAUAUUUGCCUUGCUGUACCAGAUAAAUAUACAACUAAUGUGGGACCAUGUCACUUCCCAGAUGCAUGUGGCCAAAUUAUGUUUGGAGAGCCAUGAUGGCAUGUGUGGUCCACAGGGGAUCGGGUGCCCCAUUGACUCUCUGCUUGUUGGGAUGUUUGCUACAGACUUUCCAUGUACUCUCUCAAAAGUUGGAUGAUGUAGAUCCAUUGGUUACUACUAACUUUGGCAAGAUAAGGGGAAUUAAGAAAGAACUCAAUAAUGAAAUUUUGGGGCCUGUCAUUCAGUUCCUUGGGGUUCCGUAUGCCGCUCCACCAACAGGUGACCAUCGUUUUCAGCCUCCAGAACCACCAUCUCCCUGGUCUGAUAUCCGAAAUGCCACUCAGUUUGCUCCCGUAUGUCCCCAGAAUAUCAUUGAUGGCAGAUUGCCUGAAGUUAUGCUUCCUGUGUGGUUCACUAAUAACUUGGAUGUGGUUUCAUCAUAUGUGCAAGACCAGAGUGAAGACUGUCUCUACUUAAACAUCUAUGUCCCAACUGAAGAUGAUAUUCGGGACAGUGGGGGUCCCAAACCAGUGAUGGUGUACAUUCAUGGUGGCUCUUACAUGGAAGGUACUGGAAAUCUAUAUGAUGGGAGUGUCUUGGCAAGUUAUGGGAAUGUGAUCGUCAUCACAGUCAACUACCGGCUUGGGGUACUUGGCUUCUUGAGCACAGGGGAUCAGGCUGCCAAAGGAAACUACGGGCUCCUUGACCUCAUCCAGGCCCUAAGAUGGACCAGUGAGAACAUUGGGUUCUUUGGUGGUGACCCCUUGAGAAUCACUGUGUUUGGAUCAGGCGCUGGGGGUUCAUGUGUCAAUCUUCUGACUUUAUCCCAUUAUUCUGAAGGUAACCGUUGGAGCAAUUCAACCAAAGGACUUUUUCAACGAGCAAUAGCUCAGAGUGGAACAGCCCUUUCCAGCUGGGCUGUUAGUUUCCAGCCUGCAAAAUAUGCUAGAAUUCUGGCCACAAAAGUUGGCUGCAAUGUGUCAGAUACAGUAGAGUUAGUAGAAUGCCUGCAGAAGAAGCCUUACAAAGAACUCGUUGAUCAAGAUGUUCAACCAGCCCGAUACCACAUAGCCUUUGGACCUGUGAUCGAUGGUGAUGUAAUACCAGAUGACCCUCAGAUACUGAUGGAACAAGGAGAGUUCCUCAACUAUGAUAUAAUGUUAGGAGUAAACCAAGGGGAAGGAUUGAAGUUCGUCGAAAAUAUAGUAGAUAGUGAUGAUGGUGUAUCAGCCAGUGAUUUUGAUUUUGCUGUCUCUAAUUUUGUUGAUAAUUUAUAUGGAUAUCCUGAAGGCAAAGAUGUUUUGAGAGAAACCAUUAAAUUUAUGUAUACUGACUGGGCUGAUCGCCAUAACCCUGAAACUAGAAGGAAGACAUUGUUGGCUUUGUUUACAGACCAUCAGUGGGUAGCACCUGCUGUAGCUACAGCAGAUCUUCACUCGAACUUUGGCUCACCCACAUACUUCUAUGCCUUUUAUCAUCAUUGCCAAACAGAUCAAGUUCCAGCUUGGGCUGAUGCAGCUCAUGGGGAUGAGGUUCCCUACGUGUUGGGAAUACCCAUGAUUGGCCCUACAGAGUUAUUUCCUUGCAAUUUCUCCAAGAAUGAUGUGAUGUUGAGUGCAGUAGUAAUGACAUACUGGACGAACUUUGCUAAAACUGGUGACCCAAAUCAGCCAGUUCCUCAAGAUACAAAAUUCAUUCAUACCAAACCCAACCGCUUUGAAGAAGUAGCAUGGACCAGAUAUUCCCAGAAAGACCAACUUUAUCUCCAUAUUGGAUUAAAACCAAGAGUCAAAGAGCAUUACAGAGCCAAUAAGGUAAAUCUCUGGUUGGAGCUGGUACCUCACCUGCAUAAUCUCAAUGACAUUUCUCAGUAUACCUCGACAACAACUAAAGUGCCAUCAACAGACAUCACUCUCAGACCUACAAGGAAAAAUUCCACACCAGUCACAUCAGCCUUUCCCACUGCCAAACAGGAUGAUCCUAAGCAACAACCAAGUCCCUUCUCGGUGGAUCAGAGGGACUACUCCACAGAGCUAAGUGUCACAAUCGCAGUGGGAGCCUCUCUUCUGUUUCUGAACAUCUUAGCUUUUGCAGCCCUGUACUACAAGAAAGAUAAGAGGAGACAUGAUGUCCACCGGAGGUGCAGCCCUCAGCGCACGACCACCAACGACCUGACCCAUGCUCCAGAAGAGGAAAUUAUGUCUCUUCAAAUGAAGCACACUGACUUGGAUCACGAGUGUGAGUCCAUCCAUCCACACGAGGUGGUUCUUCGGACCGCCUGUCCCCCAGAUUAUACUCUAGCUAUGAGGAGGUCACCUGAUGAUGUUCCUUUAAUGACACCUAACACCAUCACAAUGAUUCCCAACACUAUACCAGGGAUUCAGCCCUUACAUACAUUCAACACAUUUACUGGAGGACAGAAUAAUACACUGCCCCAUCCCCACCCACACCCCCAUUCACAUUCAACAACCAGGGUAUAGCCAGAUGAGAGAGACAAACUGAUUUUUUUUUUCUGACGGAGUGCAGUAAAAGAUUAUUGGAAGAUUCCUUGGCUUUCAACUCGGAAGACUCUCACUAUUUAAAUAAGGAGGAAUAUUAUGUGAAUAUACAUAUCAAGAACUUUGGGGGUUUUGAAAAAAAUGAAAUGUACAUAGAUAUACACACAAAUCAACUUUAAAAAAAAAAAAAAAAAGCAAAUCCCAAUUGCUUGAAGCAAUUGUUCUGAAUGAUACUUGUUCAUUCACUUUCAAGAAUUAAUUUGUUGAAGAUUUAAGUUACAUAAUGGAGUUAGGCAUGUGGAACACCAAACAGGAAAUUACUGUGUCUGAAUACUUUAAAAUCAGAAAAACAAAAACAAAAAUAAAAUCAACUAUGAAUAUGCACAAGGGACACACCAAUGGAAUGUCAGAUAAUUUCGUCAGUUUUCAUUUGGAGCCCUUUAAUUGUGUAGACCAUAUUUGCUUAAGUACACAGAACACCUAUGCUGUUAAUGGCAUAGCAGAAGCUCAUGCUGAAAAUUGCCAGUAAAACCAAGAAGUUUAAAGACUGGCAGGUACAACAUUAUCACAUAAGUGCUGUCAGUACUAAGUCGUGGGGAUCAAGGAGACUGGAUAUUUUUAGCACGAUGUGCAUGAUAAUUUAUAUGCUUGGUGGCUGUGCUGCUGAUUAAGCCGUAAUUAAAAUUCUUCUCAUCCCAUUGGAGUUUUUAAUAGGAGCUUCCUCCAUCAAUUGGCAGAAACUAAAGAAGAUUUUAUAAGGGGCAAAAGUAAUUACAAUAAAAUAAUUUGCAGUAGUUUCGAUAAUAGAGGGAAUAGUUAUUAAAGUCUUGGGAGAAACUAGAGGUAUAGUGAUGAAUACUCACUGAUAUGAAUCCCAGAAAAAAAUUCUAUGAGUUUUAUAUUCUUUUCAUUCCCUUAUACGUAAUUUAUAGAAGUACAACUCUAAUUGGACAUGUGUUAGCUGCGGAGUUAUAAUUUGCUGUGGGUUUGUUACUCUGAAGUUUGUUCCUUUCGGUAACAGUCUUGCAAGUUGUAAGGACGCCCCAAUAGUACUACCACUCUGAUUACAGUACUCAGUCGAUUGAUUUACUCAUGUUGCAUGACAAAACGUUUACUACUAAGAAUUCAAUAGAAAGCUCAGUUCCUCUUCACAUUGCUUCUUUCUUGCUGAAGGUCACUUGAAUUUACUCAUGAGAUCUCAGGAGAAGAACAACAUAGGUGCAGAACCUAGGAGAGUCAACAGCUGAAGGGUUUGUCUUUCACAUAUGUGCAAUUUCAAAUGAAUUCUCUAAGACCACAAGAAUCUCUGAAUCCCCUAUUGUUUACCAGUAAUAUCAGUAUAUCACAGACCUUUCCAAAUGUUUGUAUAUGUAAUCAGAUGUACAUUUAUAUUAAAAAAAACAUGAGAUGGACUUAAAGAGCACAUCCUGAUCAAUGGUUUCUCUCUUAUCUGUACUAUAUUUCUAUUAGACUAAAGUUAUGUGAUUUUUUUUUACCUUUUUUCAGAUGACUAGCAAUUUUGAUAGUUUGUAAGAUAACACAAAGGACUUUCUCUGACUAACUGCAGUAACAGAAACCUUUCUUUCCAGCUACACUUUUUCAAGAAUUGAAAGCUUAUUAUACAAAAGCAAACACUUGUAUACUACGUGGUGGGAAGGACAUUGUGUAUCUCGACCACAUCCGUGGUCCUUGGGUGAAAUAAAGAUAAGAUGAAGAAUGGCGAUUAGUCAAAUGCUAAGAGACAUGAUCUUUGCUCAUUAAAGAGCUAAAAUGUUUAUUGCUGUUUUGUCUUUUAUUUUGUUUUUAC